AUGUUCGCUUCUCUCCUCGUCACGGUCGCCCUCGCCCUCGCUGGCUGUGUCAGUGCUGCCCCACAGAAGCGUGCUCUUGCUCAAGUCUACAGCAAAUGCACCGUUCCCAACACGGUAGCGCUCACUUUCGAUGACGGCCCUCAUGUCUCGCUCCACGCUAUCAGCGAUGCCCUCAGUGCUGCCGGUGGUAAAGGUACCUUCUUCUUCAACGGUAAUAACUUCGGCUGCAUCUACGACGACGCGAAUAUUGAGCGUGUCAAAUAUGCCUACAACAAAGGUCACCAAGUUGCCUCGCAUACCUGGGGUCACAAGGACCUUUCGACGCUCUCCUGGGAUCAGAUUCAUGACGAGAUGUGGCGAGUUGAACAGGCCCUUCAGCGCAUCUGCGGUGUACAACCCGCCUUCAUGCGCCCUCCUUUCGGCAACUACAACAACCUUGUUCGUGAAGCUUCUGCCGUCCGUGGUCAGAAGAUCGCUAUCUGGGACUUCGAUUCUGGUGACUCUCUUGGCGUCUCUGCUCAGGAGAGCAAGAACAGAUACGAUACUGUGGUCCGCGAACAUCCUUCUACCAUCCUUGCCCUGAACCACGAGACCGUCCCUACGACUCCGACUCAAGUCCUUCCCCACGCCAUCCAGAAGCUGAAGGGAGCCGGUUACAAGCUCGUCACUCUCGCUGAGUGCCUCAAUCAACAACCAUACCAAUGGGUUGGCGCGCCCCAAACCAAAGACGUCAGUAAUCCCUCCUUCUCACUUUCGCAUGCACCUUAUAGCUUUGAAACAGGCGAGCUGGAAGUGCUAAAGGCCUCAAGCUGCUAA